CCGAGGAGGUCUGUCUUGAAGUAUUGAAUGUUAUUGCUUCUGGUAAUGGAGAACAAGCUGGGAAAGCUCGCAUCCUGCUUGAAACUUUCAAUAAACAAAUCAACUCUUCUACUGUCCAAGAAUUUGGAAAG